UCAAUCUAGCAAACAAAAUAUUUCAACAAUGCAGUCUGCCUAACACCGAUAAGCCUGUUGACCAAAGGAAUAAACAGCACGAACCAGUGUGAUAUCCAAGCGGCAUUCUAGCCAUAUCUCGAAAAAGAAACAUUCAUUAUGACCGCUGUCGAAGUUCAUUCGGGAUAUAAGUUCUAUGGAAAGGCGAAGGAUCCCAACAAAAAAAUUGUGCUAAAUCACCUGGAUAUGAGCGUUACCAGAGGGUCCAUAUACGGAUUACUCGGAGCGUCUGGCUGUGGCAAAACUACCCUUCUGUCGUGUAUUGUGGGUCGUAAAUUUUUAAACGAUGGUGAGAUCAGCGUCCUCGGUGGAACACCGGGUACACCCGGUUCAGGAGUUCCGGGACCAAGAAUCGGAUAUAUGCCACAGGACAUAGCACUGGUGGAGGAGUUUUCCGUCAAGGAAACAAUUUACUACUUCGGCCGCAUCUAUGGAAUGUCUACAGAGAAGAUUCGGGAGCGCUACAAGUUGCUUAAAGAGCUCCUGGAGCUACCACCAGAUGAACGCCACGUCGGAAAUUGUAGCGGUGGCCAGCAGAGGCGGGUAUCGUUUGCUGCUGCCAUGGUCCAUGAACCAGAACUACUGAUUUUAGAUGAACCGACGGUGGGACUUGACCCUUUGCUUCGGGAACGGAUAUGGCAGUAUUUGGUCGACUCAACAAGUACAAGCAAAUUGGCUGUGAUUAUUACUACGCACUACAUCGAGGAAGCAAGACAAGCUUCUUGUAUUGGUUUAAUGCGAAACGGUAUUCUGCUGGCGGAAGACUCGCCAACCAACAUUUUGGAGCGAUUCAACUGUACGAACCUGGAAGACGCAUUCCUCACGCUUUGCCAAAAACAUGGUCCUUCGGAAGAGGCCGACGCAACCACACAUCAGUCACACACGAUACGUAGCAUAAAAGCCAUCGACACAAUCGAGGAUAUCGGUUCCGAUAUCAAGAAAUCGCUCCCGCCAUUAUCAGCUAGCAGCGAGAAGAAGGAAAUCAAUAGAAAUUUCUACGAGGAAAGUGGGCUAGCGCGAACCAUCAAGGAGCUCAUGAGCUUUACCACCAAACGAAGAAUGAACGCACUGCUCUCAAAAAAUUACCUUCAAAUGAUCCGGCAGCCCGCUGGAAUGGUAUUUCUGUUCCUUUUCCCCAUAUUUCAGUUGGUAAGUUUUUACGUAGCUAUAGGUGGCGAUCCGAAAGAGCUAAGACUAGGCAUCGUAAACGACGAGGUCAGCAACAUCCAGGAGUGCUUCAACCAGUCGCUAAUUACCACUUCCUUCCACGAUGACUACGAUUGCGACCUUUACAAAGUGUCGUGCCGAUUUCUGGAAACGCUCAACCGAACCGUCGCGAUACAGGAAUACUUCGACGACUUCGAAAGUGCCUAUCGAGCGGCCAAAAAAGGAACGGUAUGGGGAUUCAUUUACUUCAAGGACAACUUCACCGAGUCGUUACAGGACGUCCGGGAUAAUGUCCGCGAAGCAGAGCCAGGCUCAUUCCACAGCUCGGAGAUAAAAGUAUACCUGGACAAGUCCGAUCAGCAGGUCACGUUUUAUCUGGAGAAAAAAUUGCUGGAGACUUACAAGCAGUUCGCCGAAAAUCUGAUGACGGAGUGCAACCUACCGAAGCAGCUGGCGAACAUACCGAUGAACUUCGAAGAUCCCGUGUACGGCACUUUCAACGACGAAUUCACAGCCUUUAUGGCACCAGGCGUAGUCAUGACAAUGAUCUUUUUCCUCGCCACGCUGAUUACAGCAACGAUAUUCAUCACCGACCGGCUCGAGGGUGUGUGGGAUAGAACGCUGGUCGCAGGUAUCACGGCUCUUGAGCUGCUGUUAGCGCAUAUAAUUACGCAAACAUCGAUUAUGCUGCUGCAAUGUGUCGAAAUCAUUCUACUUGCGACAUUCGUGUUCGACGUACAGAACCAGGGGAGCAACGUAACGGUGGUCGGUCUCUUGAUGCUACUGGGUUUCGCUGGAAUGCUGUACGGGCUCCUAAUAUCGAUAUUCUGCGACGCUCAUUCAACAGCCAACUUCAUGGCAACGGGGAGCUUUUAUCCGAUGAUCAUAAUGUGCGGUAUUCUCUGGCCACUCGAGGGAAUGCCCAAGUAUCUGCAAUAUUUCGCGUACUGCUUUCCUUUCACGGUUCCUUCUAUGGCGGUACGGAAUGUCCUGGCCAAAGGAUGGAGCAUAACCAAUUCCAAGGUCUACAUGGGCUAUGGAGCAGUAGGAAUCUGGAUAAUCAGCUUACUACUGUUGUGUUUGAUAGGACUUAAGAUUAAAAAAUAG